AUGGGUUUUUUGAAUUUUGUAUAUACAUCAUCCUUGAAUGUUUUACUACUUCUCGGUAUGUUUCUCAGCUUCCUCCUUCUUGUCCAAUCACAACAACAAGUACAACCUCAAUUUCAAUCUCCACCUCCGCCGCCGCCUCAAUUGCUUCAAUCUCCGCUGACUCCGCCUCAGUUCAACACGCCUCCUCCUCCUCCUCCUUCACAAUCCAACGCUGGAGUUAUUAUGUCUCCUCCUAAUUCUCCGCCGCCACCAUCAUCAUCAUCAUCACCUCCACCGCCGCCGAUUCCAAAACCCUCUCAUCCUCAUCCUCCUCCACCUCCGCGUGCGCAAGCUUCUCCUCCGCAAUCUAAUAGCAGAAACCACCAACCACGGAGGCUACGGCCGCCGUCUCCUCCUCCUCCUCCUCCUUCUCGGGUCUUCAAGCGAACAGAGAAGAGUGGAUUGAACACAGGGAAAACAGUGGGUCUAGUAUUCGCUGGGUUUGCAGCAAUGUUGCAGAUUUGCGUUGUUGCCUUCUUGCUUUUCAAGAGAAAGCAGCUUCUCCGGAUGACACAUACUUAUUGA